UUCCUCUAACAACCAUCCAUUUGAUUUCUUCUUAUUUAAGCAGUAAUUUAAUGGGAGAAAAUAUCCAAGGAUUCCUGUACUUCCUUCCUCUUACUAGUUUUGAUCAUUAUCCUCAACAUUCUCUGCAAUCAUUUUAUUUGAGAGGGUGCACAAAGUAGAGCACAGAUUAAGAUCUUCUGUGUUCUUUUAUGAUGGUUCCUUUGUUGAAUAUGCGGCAUGAGAUAAGGAGAUUAUCUGAUGAUUAUGAUAUUGCCAACACUCUGGGGAGGGGAGGAUUUUCAGUUGUAAGAAGGGGAGUAAGGAAAAAUAGCGGAGGAAGAAUCCAGGUAGCUAUCAAGACUCUCAGGAGAGUAGGAAAUUCUCAGGGAAUGCCAUCGACCCAAACGGGAGAAACAAGUACAGCCUCAGUAGGAUUUCCAGUUUCGGAGGCCUUAGUGAGAAAUGAGAUUCUAGUUAUGAAGAAGAUAGCCAGGGAUAUAUCUCCUCAUCCCAAUGUGAUACACCUCUACAACAUCUAUGAUGACCCAAAUGGAGUUCACAUUGUGCUUGAGCUGUGUUCUGGAGGUGAGCUUUUCGAUAGAAUAGUUUCGCAGGGUAGGUACUCGGAGAAAGGAGCUGCAGCUGUGGUUCAGCAAAUUGCCAAUGGCUUAAGUGCGCUACACCGGGCCAAUAUUGUUCACCGUGACUUGAAGCCAGAGAAUUGCUUGUUCUUGAACACCAGUGAGGAUUCACCUUUGAAGAUUAUGGACUUUGGGUUGAGUUCUGUUAAUGAAUUCACUGACCCAAUUGUUGGAUUGUUUGGUUCGAUUGAUUAUGUUUCACCUGAGACCUUAUCUCAACAAAGAAUAUCUUCUGCAACUGAUAUGUGGUCUUUGGGAGUUCUCUUGUAUAUCCUCCUUUCUGGGUAUCCACCUUUCUAUGCUAAAUCAAAUCGGCAAAAGCAACGACUCAUAUUGACUGGGGAAUUCAGCUUCGACGAACAUAGUUGGCAGAAUAUUUCUUCAUCAGCAAAGCAAUUGAUUUCCAAUCUUUUAGUUGUUGAUCCUUGUAGGAGACCAACUGCUCAAGAGCUUCUCUUGCAUCCUUGGGUCACAGGGGCUUCAGCAAGCCGGGACCUCAUGGAUUUUGAAAUUGUUUCUCGACUACAGAAUUUCAAUGCCCGUCGUAAAUUUCGUGCAGCAGCUAUAGCCAGUGUUUGUAGUAUAAAAGUUUUCUUCAGAAUAAAGAAAUUAAGAGAUCUUGUUGGGUCACAUGACCUCACUCGUGAAGAACUUGAGAAACUGGGGAUGCAUUUCAAGAAAAUGUGUUCAAAUGGAGCCAGUGCUACACUCCCAGAAUUCGAAAAAGUCAUUUCAGCAAUGGAUCUGUCCUCAAUUCUCCCUCUUGCCCCUCGCAUCUUUGAUAUAUUUGACAGUAACCAUGAUGGAACUGUAGAUAUGAGGGAGAUACUAUGUGGGUUCUCUACCCUCAGAAAAUCACAAGGAGAUGAUUCUUUUCGGCUUUGUUUCCAGAUGUAUGAUAUAGACAAGUCUGGGUGCAUCACCAAGGAUGAAGUGGCAUCCCUGCUUAGAGCCUUGCCAGAAGACUGCCUUCCAGCAGAUAUCACAGAACCGGGAAAACUGGAUGAGAUAUUUGAUGAGAUGGAUGCAAAUAAUGAUGGGAAGGUCACAUUCGAAGAGUUUAAAGCUGCCAUGAAGAGAGAUUGCUCCCUCCAAGAUGCAGUCCUUUCCUCCCUCCGCGCAACCUAAUUCUUGAUAUUAACGCAAUGUAGUAAAGAGUGGAGCAAUCUUGAGUUACUGCAAGAAACAUGGCCAGUUCAAGAGUAACCAAGAUGCAUUCAAGCAUUUUUCUUUAACGAAAGAAAAUAUAUCAUUCAAAUGGAACAAUGCAUGGCAGAAAAUAAUUCAGGCCAGAGAGACUAUGACUUCUAUCUAAAAUAUAUAUACAUAAUUGUUAAUAUUAAAAAAUUACAAAUCAAUUAAAGAGAAUUGUGAAGAUGCAUAUUGUCAUCGCCAUACAAGAACACGUCAAGAAGGGAGUCAGAGAGGAGGUGGAUGUAAUGAGGCCUUAAUAAGCUUUGCAAGCCUACCAUAGUAACAAUGCUCUGUAUUCACAGCCACUCCAAGCUUUUUGCUGCUUUUACAAAAAAGGUGAUUUUCAUUGACAGAGAAACAACUUGCUCACCAGGCCCCGCACGAUCAAUGGUUCUGUAAAACUAAGGUGUUCCAUGGCCUGAAUUGUAAUCUGGAAGUGUAUAAAGAGUGAAGGCGAAUAUAUGAAAUACAAGCAUUCCUUGGAACAGAAGAAGGCCUAACUAUGGAGAUACCUCCAUGAAUGAUCUCAUGACACCAUUGUAAGUGUGGCCUACGCAAGAUAUAUUGGUACUCCUGCUUCAUUAAUCUCACCAGGAAGACACAAUUUCAAAAGGGAUCUCACAGAUGAUGUGACCAUCAGGUUCAAAGUUCAAUUUUCCUGAAGCCAAUAUUCAUAUGAGGUGAACCAGAUUAUGGAAUUUCAUAUAAUCAGGCUGAUUUUGAGUAGCUAAGUGUUCAGCAUUGAUGCAUAACCCAUUGCAAGAGAUUGAAAGAGCAAUUGUAACUUGUA